ACAGGAAUCACUCGACUUCCGGUCGAGGAGCAACUCAAGAGGCUUCCCUGCGGCGGCGGAGCGGAGAGACACAAUAACAAAGCCACGGGAGAAAUGUCCGGCUUCGAGAACAGACUGCAGUCGUACUCUUCCACACAGCUGAACGAACUGCUGGAGGACGAUGACAAGCUCCGGGGAAUGGUCCGGGAGAUGGAGGAGAUGCAGGACAUGCAGCAGAAUAAAGAGCUGACGAUCGCCAGUAACCGCAGCCUGGCGGAGCAGAACCUCAACCUGCAGCCUGAACUGGACCAUCAGAAGAUCCAGCUGACCAAACGCUACUGCUGUUUACAAGAUCUGCACGAGUCCUACCAGCUCCGCAGGUCCACGCUAGGUAACAGUUCACUUGACACAUUGUUGGCUCUUUUGCAAACCGAGGGAGCCAAGAUCGAAGAAGAAACAGAGAACAUGGCCGAUUCAUUCUUGGACGGGUCCUUGCCCCUGGACAGCUUUAUUGAUGACUACCAGAGCAAGAGGACGCUGGCACAUCUGAGGCGUGUGAAGAUCGAUAAGCUCCGGGAGAUGGUGCUGAAGGGGGUUCAUCUUCCUCAGGGUUCCUCUACUGAUCCUUCACAACCUCAGGAGACCCAUAACUCCAGCGCACCUUUCCAAAGGCUAGCUAAUGGAUCUCCAGCUCACGUAAGACCAGCACCAACAUCUCAAGCAUCAGCUAUGCCUUACAACCCUCAGAGCACCGGUGCUCCUCUGCCCAACACGGUGCCAUCAUAUUCAUGUCCACACCCACAAGCACUUCCUCAAGAGCCCGGUGCUGGUCUUCCCCCGCGGGCAGGUUUUAUAAUACAAUGAUGUUCUUCUGCCUCAACAUUUCCACUAGAAUGUGAAAUGUCAUUUUUCCACCUUUUUCUUUAGAUGCACUUUGAUCGUAACAGGUUUGGGUUUCUGCAGGUCCACGAAGAAUUCAGAUGUUCAGCAGAUUUUGGCUCAUUCUGUGACACUUGUAACUUGGCAUGAACUUUUUUUUUUUCACAUGUUCAAUGCAGAAAAUGCAGAAAGCUCUUGUGAACCUGGCUGUCGGUUAACAACAUAUUAAUUUCCGUUUGUUUGCAUAACCUAAAGUGCUGUUAGAUGCAUCAAGAUUAGCAUUCAGAAUCAAAAGUUUUAAUCAGAAAAGUAAUGUAAAUGACUUCUAAACAAUGGGGGGUAUUGCAUUUCUUACGUAAAUAUCCUAGUUGAACUGAAAAUGUUCAGAUAGGUCCUUAUGCACAUGUAAGACAACUUUACUGUGUACUUUUAUAUUCCGUGUGGAAACCUGUAACCACAACAGACAAUAUUGGCAUUUUGAACUUCUGGGUUAAAAACUGACCAAAGAUGCACUCCAACUGUUCCAUGAGCGCUCCGUCAAGUGGUUUUGAAUAUAGUGGCUUUGUUGGACUUCAUUUGGAUUUCAUUUAAACAUGAAAUGAAAUGUGGCAUUAACAGACCAGCCUGACAGUAAGUCUGCUGUAGAAAGACUUUAGUAAACAGUUUAAUUAUCCUAAACUGAAUCAAACUAUCCUUAAACGGCUACCAUAUUCAAAAUAAUAUAAAAAAUUAUAUUAUUAAAACAAUUAGAAGUAAGAACUGUCAUGCUGAGUUGUGACCGUUCUUGUGCACUUUUAUAUGAAGGAUGUUAUUAUGCAAAUCUGUGAAGUUAGAGAGUAAAGUCACUCACUGUAUACUGUUGUAAGUACAGGUUAAAAGAAAUCAAAUGUGCCUUGCAAUAGAACCAACAAAAAAAGUGAUGAAGAAAGCAUUUAAUCACACCGUCGCUGUGCUUUGAUAAAUCUUCGAAGCCAUUUACAACUUUCUGUUUCUGAAGACGUUAAUGGUGCAGAAUCCUUCUGAACUGUUUUAUCUGUAGUAUUGGUAACCUGUAACACUCCUUAUGUAAAGUACUGUACAUUGUAGCUGUUUGAUUAGUGACUCUCUGUGACUUUUUUUUUUUUUUUAAUGCUGAUUAAUAAAUGCCUAAAAGACUACCAAAAGUUAAAUGUCUAUAUUUAUUGCUAUAUUAAGAACCUAAAAAAGUAAUCUCACAUUUCUUCUUCUCCCUCUUCACCUUCUCCUUCGGGAGUGUCGACUCCCACCUCUUCGUAAUCUUUCUCGUGGAGCAACUAAAUCUUCACGGGCCUCCGCAAACUCACCCUCCUCCAUACCUUCUCCAUUGGAUCAAACUUGUGAUCCAGACGUGCCCAGGCCUCAGCGAUGGCUGUGGUGUUGCUCAACAUGCAGACUGCCCUUUGAACUUUGGCCAGCUUGCCUCCUGGAACCACAGUCGGCAACUGGUAGUUGAUACCAACUUGAGAACGAAAACGAACACAAAAGACACAGGCUGACCUUGAACCCUGUGGGACACCAGUCAACAAACUGAAUGGUCCUCUUGGUCUUUAUGCUUCUGAUGGCGGCACUGACAUCCUUUGAAACCAAGUCUUCACGGUACAGCAUAGAGCAAGCCAUGUACUUCCCUUCACCAUCUGAUUGGCUGGCUGAAAGCAGGUGUUGUUGAUUUCCAUGACGGACAGCUGAGCGUGUUAUGCCUUCCCGGCGGAGAUCACGUAUGUGUCAUGGUAUUUGACCAGGGGACGUCGAUGCAACAGCACCAGGUUGGUUUGGAACUCUGUCAGAUCAACAUUGAGAGCUCCGUCGAAUGCUGGGAGGCGAUUAUCGAUGAUACGAUCUGGCCAAUGAGGAUGGAUGAGGUUGGUGUAUGUAGGCCACUCUAUGUCCAGGUUAUUUUGGCAGAUAUCAUAGAUGGCCUCAUCGGUGGCCUCGAGGGUGGUGUGUGUGGUCAGAAUAGAAUUGUAGGGCUCUACCACUCUGGUAGAAACCUGAAAAAACUGAAAACAGUUUGAAGUACUUGCAAUGUUUUUCGUAAUCCACUGGACUGAAAUUUAGUGGAUCUUGAGUGUGUUACAGGUGGCUUCCAAGAUAUUUCCCAUUUUAUAAUAUCUUUCAUUUAUGAUUUCAAAAUGAGAAAUGUCUCUGUAUAAAGUGACUGAACGAUAGCAGAAAGGACCAAGUGAUUAUAAACAUUCUUGUUAAUGUCAGCAUGACAUGAAAAUCUGUUUUCUAAUCAAUUUUGUUUAUGCAUUUGCUAGAUUUUUUUUUUAAAAUGUCAUCCUUGUAACUUUGAAUCAAACUGUCAUACCUCAGUCCUCAGGUCUAAUAACAGACUUCUCUCUGGCAAUGUACUGCCAGUCUUUUCCAGUCAUUUAGUUUGCUUGAACUCCACCCUUUGCAUUCACAUGUGCCAAUGGAUUAUGCAAAUUAACCACCCAAAAUGUUCCCCUUGUCAAUGAUCAGUUCUUCUUAGCUGUAGAUCACAACACACAAGAAAACCUAUUUCGCUAUUUAUUUCAUCUCGAUUUUAAAGUGAAGGGAACUGAAUAAAAAUGUGCUAUCUGAUGUGCAGGGCUGAGAGCAAACUCAA